AUGCAGAUCACAUCGCAGAUGGGCGGCUUUUCCCGAAGUCGGAGAGAACUCAAGAACCCAGACGAGAAUCGGAACCUUGAGUGGAAGGCGCUGAGUUUCCAGAAGGGAGUCUCUUCACGAGUGCCACGUGACUCGGAGGAGCGAGUUCUGCUGGAGCCAGAAGUACUGUUAUUUAUUUUUUUUCGUCGGUACUGGAAAGUCGCGAUGGCGGCGGUGGUGGACUCGGAUAUAGAAUCGCUGCCGCGUGGAGGUUUCCGCUGCUGCCUCUGCCGCAUUACUACCGCGAACCGACCCAGUCUAGAUGCCCACUUGGGAGGCCGGAAGCACCGGCACCUGGUGGAACUACGAGCUUCGCGAAAGGCCCAGGGACUUCGAAGUGUGUUUGUCAGUGGCUUUCCCCGGGAUGUGGAUUCUGCUCAGCUCUCUGAGUACUUUCAGGCAUUUGGGCCUGUUGCUAGUGUCAUCAUGGAUAAGGACAAGGGCGUGUUUGCCAUUGUGGAGAUGGGGGACGUGGCUGCCCGGGAGGCCGUUUUGUCCCAGCCCCAGCACAGCCUGGAAGGACGUCGCCUGCGGGUCCGGCCCCGGGAGCAGAAGGAGUUCCAGUGUCCAGCUUCCAAGUCCCCCAAAGGAGCGGCCCCUGACAGUCAGCAGCUGGUCAGAGCAUUAGCUGAGGCGUCGGACGUGGGGGCACAAAUGGUCAGGCUCGUGGGCCUGAGGGAGCUGUCCGAGGCUGAGCGGCAGCUCCGGAACCUCGUGCUAGCCCUCAUGCAAGAGGUUUUCACAGAGUUCUUCCCUGGCUGUGUGGUCUGUCCUUUUGGCUCUUCCAUAAACAGCUUUGACGUCCAUGGCUGUGAUCUGGACCUCUUCCUGGAUCUGGGUGACGUAGAGGAGCCUCAGCCAGCCCCAAAGGCUCCAGACUCUCCAUCGCUGGACUCAGCCCUUGCUUCACCUCUGGAUUCUCAAGCCCUGGCUUGCCUCUCAGCCUCCUCUCCCAGCUCACAGCCACCAGCUUCUCCCCAAGAAGCCCUGGACUUUGAAACCCCUUCCUCUUCCCUAGCACCCCAGACUCCUGACUCGGCGUUGGCCUCUGAGACCCUGGCCUCUCCCGAUUCCCUGCCUCCAGCGUCUCCACUGCAGGACAGGGGAGAGGGAGACCUGGGGAAGUCUCUGGAAUUAGCAGAGGCCUUGAAAGGAGAGACAGCUGAAGGGGGAGCCAUGCUGGAGCUGGUGGGAUCCAUUCUUCGGCGCUGUGUGCCUGGGGUGUACCGCGUCCAGACUCUCCCUUCUGCCCGAUGCCCUGUGGUCAAGUUCUGCCAUCGGCCCUCAGGUCUCCAUGGGGACGUCUCACUCAGUAACCGGCUGGCCCUGCAUAACUCCCGCUUCCUGAGUCUUUGCUCCGAGCUGGAUGGGCGAGUCCGGCCCCUAGUGUACACCCUGCGCUGCUGGGCUCAGGGUCGGGGGCUGUCAGGGAGCGGCCCCCUUCUCAAUAACUACGCCUUGACUUUGCUCGUCAUCUAUUUCCUUCAGACCAGAGACCCUCCUGUGUUGCCCACUGUGUCCCAGCUCAUCCAGAAAGCAGGUGAGGGAGAACAGGUGGAGGUUGACGGCUGGGACUGUAGCAUCCCCCGGGAUGCCUCGAGACUGGAGCCCAGCCCCAAUGUGGAGCCCCUCAGUUCCCUGCUAGCCCAGUUCUUCUCCUGUGUUUCUUGCUGGGAUCUACGUGGCUCUCUGCUGUCUCUGCGGGAGGGCCAGGCAUUGCCCAUAGCAGGAGGCCUGCCCGCUACUCUCUGGGGGGGUCUACGCCUCGGCCCCCUGAAUCUCCAGGACCCCUUUGACCUGAGUCACAAUGUGGCAGCCAACGUGACCAGCCGGGUAGCCGGGCGGCUCCAGAACUGUUGCCGAGCCGCAGCCGGUUACUGCGGAAGUCUUCAGUACCAGCAGCGCUCCUCCCGGGGGCGGGACUGGGGGCUGCUCCCCCUAGUGCAGCCCAGCUCCCCCAGCUCCCUGCUGUCGGCCACACCGGUCCCCUUACCGCCAGCUCCCUUUCCCCAGCUCACUGCGGCCCUGGUCCAGUUGUUAAGGGAAGCAUUGGGGUGCCACAUAGAGCAGGGAACCAAGAGAGCCCGGGCAGAGGGAGGUGGGGCUGGUGAGUCUCCCCAGAGAGGGACAAGCAAAAGAUUGAAACAGGACACACCGAAAUGGAGCUGUGAGGCAGGGAAGGGAGAGCAGCAGGGCUGUGGAGGGGACCACAGUGAAGACGGGGUGGAAGAAAUGGUUGUAGAGGUGGGCGAGCUAGUGCAGGACUGGGCCAUGCCGAGCCCUGGGCAGCCAGGGGAGCUGUCCCUGAUAACUGGAGAUGGGGACCAACCGGGCCAUGUCGUCCUGGCAGAGCAGGGGCCCAAGAGAUCUGAUGCAGCCCAAGGAAGGGCACAGGGCGAGACAGGCCAGGGGGCAGCACGUUCCUCAGUGAGCUGGCGCUGUGCCUUGUGGCACCGAGUGUGGCAGGGGCGACGGCGUGCCCGGAGACGCUUACAGCAGCGAACCAAGGAAGGUGGUGGCGGUGGUGCUGUCACGGGAGCAGAGUGGCUGGGGACUGAGGCGCAGGUGACUCAGGAGCUGAGAGGACUGAGCUGUGGGGAGCAGAGGCCAGAGGCUGAGCCCCUCCUGACCUUUGUGGUCUCCGCCUCUGAAGUGGACCAGACUCUCACCGUGACCCCGCUCCAGGAUGCCCAGGGCCUGUUCCCUGAGCUCCACCACUUCUUACAGGUUUUCCUCCCUCAAGCACUCAGACAACUCUUCAAGUGA